GUCUGUCUAUCGAAUGUCUGCUAUAUGUUUUGUUUGAUUUGAUUUGAAUUUUUUUUUUUUUUGGCUCAAGUGUUGUUAUUGCGUGAGCUAAGAAAAUGAAGUCAGGAAGGAAGAAUAAGAACGAAUCUUAAACUUUUACUUUCGACUUCUUAGCUUCUUUUUUCGAUCUGAGCAGCUUUGAUAAGAGAUGGAGGUGAAAGCGAGAGCUCCGGGAAAGAUCAUACUCGCAGGGGAACAUGCGGUUGUUCAUGGUUCCACGGCAGUAGCAGCGGCCAUUGAUCUCUACACUUACGUCACUCUACGCCUUCCUCUUCAAUCAGCUGCUGAGAACAAUGAUAGGCUUACACUUCAGCUCAAGGACCUUUCCUUGGAGUUUUCCUGGUCCGUAUCCAGACUCAAAGAAGUGAUUCCUUGUGAUUCAAGCACUUCUUCACCAGCUUCAUGUUCAGGCGAGACCCUUAAAUCAAUUGCUGUUUUGGUUGAAGAGCAAAAUAUUCCAGAGGAAAAAAUCUGGCUGUCCUCUGGGAUCUCCACCUUCCUCUGGCUAUACACCAGUAUCAGAGGAUUCAGUCCGGCUACGGUCAUCAUUACAACAGAGCUUCCAUACGGAUCUGGCCUCGGUUCAUCAGCAGCUUUCUGUGUAGCUCUCACGUCUGCUCUCAUUGCAUCUUCUAUCUUAGACAAAACACACCAUGAAGGUUGGAGUUCUCUAGAUGAGACUAAUCUCGAGUUGCUGAAUAAAUGGGCUUUUGAAGGUGAAAAGAUCAUCCACGGGAAGCCUUCUGGGAUCGACAACACCGUCAGUGCAUACGGCAACAUGAUCAAGUUCUGCUCAGGGGAGAUAACUCGAUUACAGUCAAACAUGCCCCUGAGAAUGCUAAUCACCAACACUAAAGUAGGACGGAACACGAAGGCUCUGGUCUCUGGUGUAUCAGAGAGAACAGUCAGACAUCCAGAUGCUAUGAAGUCGGUGUUCAAUGCUGUGGACUCUAUAAGCAAAGAGCUAGCUGCGAUCAUCCAAUCUAAAGACCAGAACUCGGUUACUGAGAAAGAAGAGAGUAUAAAAGAACUCAUGGAGAUUAACCAAGGCUUGCUGCAGUCAAUGGGGGUUAGCCACAGCUCUAUUGAUACCGUGAUCAGAACCACGCUCAAGCACAAGCUUACCUCAAAACUCACUGGAGCUGGAGGUGGUGGCUGCGUCCUCACUCUGUUACCUACAGUGGUUUCAGGGACGGUGGUGGACAAAGUUGUGGAGGAGCUUGAGUCCAGUGGUUUUCAGUGCUUCACUGCAUCCAUUGGUGGUAACGGAGCUGAGAUUUGCUUUUGAUCAGAUGCUAUAUUGUUUAACAAAAUCAUAUUUGCUCACAUUUACUGGAUGAAGGCUGCAAUUACAUAUAUAAAGAGUCCAUUUUUUUACUACUGAUGUAUUGAAUGUAAGUGUUUUUACCGUGUGAAGUAUCUUCACUCUUUUUGUUGUUUAAUUGUAGACAUGAAUGCAUUAUAAUGGACAUGUUGAAAGUAAGUAUGAAACUUUGCAUACAAGGUUACAUUC